GGCACGGCUCGGGCGGGGGAAUAAAGCUGUCCGGCCGGCGGCUGCCGCGGCAGGGUAGAGGCAGCGCCGGCGACGGGGCUCUUCGUCUUCCCCGGUCCCCCCUGCAGCGCGGAGCUGCGGCGGCCCGCCCGCCUCGCCUCCCCCCGCCUCCGCCGUCCCCGCACCGCGGCAGAGCCGGCGGGUGAGGAGCUGCCUGCGCCCGGCCCACCCUCGCCGGGGAUUAUGCCAGCGGAGCGCGGGCAUGUCGGCAGGCAGCGACUCGUAGGCAGCGGCAGCCGCCGAGCCGCGGCGGCAUCAGCAGCAGCAGCGAGAGCCGCGGCCGCUGCGCCGGGAGCAGCCGGAUGUUGACACAUGUGGACCAACAGUGACAUCCUUUUUCAGCAAUGCUGUCUUUACUCCCUCCUGCAUUCAGAAGCAUCUAGAGAGAUUUUUUGCAGAAGAGGCAGCGAUGAGCAGUUCUCUCCCUCGCUGUGUUCUGAGGACACGGAUGCUCAAUUUUGGCCUGGUACCAGUGAUUUCAUUGUGAGGAGCCAGAAGCAGCAGGGCGCAGAGGGUGUCCCUUCACAAGGUCGUGGGAUCCUCAAUGCAUUUGCUCACCAUUAUUUAAGGAGCCUUUACUAAAAGCUUCUGGAUUGUGUUUCUGAGCGGACAAAAGAUUUUUGUAUUCAAAAUGCUCAUAAAGGAAUAUCGUAUUCCUCUUCCGAUGAGUGUGGAAGAAUAUCGAAUUGCGCAGCUGUACAUGAUACAGAAAAAGAGCAGAGAGGAGACAUGUGGGGAAGGCAGUGGAGUAGAGAUCUUGGAGAACAGGCCAUACAUGGAUGGACCGGGAGGCAACGGGCAGUAUACUCACAAAGUGUACCACAUUGGUAUGCACAUACCCAGCUGGUUUCGGUCAAUAUUGCCCAAGGCAGCUCUGCGAGUCGAAGAGGAGUCAUGGAAUGCCUACCCUUAUACAAGGACAAGGUAUACGUGUCCUUUUGUGGAGAAGUUCUCUAUUGAUAUUGAGACCUACUACAAAACUGAUCCAGGAGAGCAUGUCAACGUGUUCAACCUUUCUCCUGCAGAAAAAAGACAAACCAUUCUAGAUCCUAUUGAUAUUGUUAAAGAUCCUAUCCCUCCACAUGAAUACAAAGCUGAGGAGGAUCCAAAGCUCUAUAAAUCAGUGAAGACUAAAAGAGGCCCCCUCUCAGAAGACUGGAUUCAAGAGUACAAGAACAACCCUGGGAAAUACCCCAUCAUGUGUGCAUAUAAACUGUGUAAAGUCGAGUUCAGAUACUGGGGGAUGCAGUCGAAAAUCGAGCGAUUUAUCCACGAUGUUGGCUUGCGGAAGGUCAUGGUCCGUGCCCAUCGGCAGGCUUGGUGCUGGCAGGACGAAUGGUAUGGGCUCACCAUUGAGGAUAUCCGGCAGCUGGAGAAAGAAGCUCAGCUGAUGCUGGCUCAGAAGAUGGCCCAAUUCUGCAGUGAAAAUGAUACUGAGCAGCACGGUGUCAAAGACACUCCUGGUGAGAAGGAUGUUGAAGCCAAUGCAGUUUCUCCUGUUGACACAGAGGAUACCACUGGUAACAGCGAAACAGCCUCUGGGAGAUCACUCACCAAGCAGUGGUCCACGUCUUCCAAGUCCUCACGAUCUUCAAAGAGAGGAGCAAGUCCCUCACGCCAUAGUAUCUCCGAGUGGAGGAUGCAGAGCAUUGCCAGGGAUUCAGAUGACAGCUCAGAUGAUGAAUUCUUUGAUGCACAUGAGGACUUGUCUGACAAUGAGGAAAUGUUCCCGAAAGAAAUAACCAAAUGGAGUUCCAAUGAUCUGAUGGAUAAAAUUGAAACCCCUGAAUGUGAUGAUGUCCAAGGUGAUCUGUAUCAUGAGACAUCAGCAGAGUACCACGUUGGCUCCAGCGUGGAGAGGCUCAGCAUCAUUGAAGAUGAAUCAGUGCAGCCGUUAAUGCAGCCAAGUAAAAUCCAUGUCCUCCUCUUGGUACUCCAUGGAGGGAACAUCCUGGACUCAGGAAGUGGUGACCAGAGCUCUAAGCAAGGGGAUGUCAACACCAUCACGACAGUGUUUGACACAGUGAUGAGGGUACAUUACCCAGCUGCUCUUGGACACAUUGCCAUCAGGCUAGUCCCUUGCCCAGCCAUCUGCUCCGAAGCAUUUUCCCUGGUGUCCAGCCUCAGCCCAUACAGUUAUGACGAAGGCUGCCUGUCCAACAGCCAGGACCACAUUCCCCUUGCUGCGCUCCCUCUGCUAGCAACAUCAUCCCCGCAGUACCAAGAGGCGGUAGCCGCAGUCAUUGUCAGAGCCAACCAGGCCUACAGCGAGUUCAUCAGAUCCCAGGAGGGCAUGUCAUUCAACGGCCAGGUCUGCUUGGUAGGGGACUGUGUUGGAGGAAUCCUGGGAUUUGAUGCCUUAUGCUACAGCAAUCAGACUGUGUCCGAGAGCCAGAACAGCAGUCGGCGAGGAAGCGUUGUGAGUGUCCAGGAUACCGACCUCCUGUCUCCUGGAAUAACAGUGAACAACAGCUAUUGUUCCAGUGGCUCUAAUCUGGAAGCCAGCAGACACCUCAGCCGGAGCAACAUUGAUAUUCCCCGUAGCAACGGAGAAGAUCCAAAGAAGCAGCUGCCACGAAAAAGGAGUGAUUCAUCAACCUAUGAACUGGACACGAUAAAGCAGCAUCAAGCCUUUCUUUCAAGUUUACAUUCUAGUGUGCUGAGAAAUGACCCAGGAUCCAGGCGAUCUAGUAGCUCUACGAUGUUGGAUGGAGGAAAUAUUGGAAAGUUUGAAUUUGAGAUCACUGACUUCUUCCUCUUUGGUUCUCCCUUGGGUCUGGUUCUUGCAUUGCGAAAAACUGUCAUUCCAGCUCUUGACAUCUUUCAGCUCAGACCAGCUUGUCAGCAGGUCUAUAACCUGUUCCACCCUGCAGACCCAUCUGCUUCACGCCUCGAGCCUCUUCUGGAGAGGAAGUUCUACCUUUUGCCCCCCUUUAAUAUUCCCCGAUACCAGAGGUUCCCACUGGGUGAUGGCAAUUCUGCUGUUCUGGUUGAGACAAUCCAGAACAAUCCCAUCCUCCUCAUGGAAAGUAGCCCUCUGGGUGCUCUCCAGCACCAGGACAGCUUCAUGGAAACAAGUAUCCCCGUUCCCGUACUGAAUUGGCAAGAUGUUUCCAAUAAAAGUGCUGGUUUUGCUGAGUCAGAUGUUGUUCAGUCUCAUGGUGCCGUCUUCAUGGAAAGCGCGUCCCUGUCCACCCCCAUUUCAGCCCCUCAGUUCAGGGGCUUCCGGAGAGCCAGUGAGAUCAGCAUUGCCAGCCAGGUCUCAGGAAUGGCAGACAGUUACACUGCUUCCAACAUAGCCAACAAAACCAAACACCACCUUAAUCAUUGCAGAGGGUUUAGCCUUCUGUCCCAGCUUGCCCUCCCUCACAAAUCCCCUACCCAAACCUCGUCCAAGAGACGUAGGCAGCAUAAACAUGAAAUCCCUUCAAAGGGAAGAAAGCUCAAAGGGCCAUGGAGUCAGGCUGCAGACUGUGCUCUUCGGAUACCCGACCUGGACAUCAAGACAGUUGCUGCCAAGUGGUGGGGAACCAAAAGGAUCGACUACGCUCUCUACUGUCCUGACGCUCUGACGGCUUUCCCAACGGUCGCCUUGCCACAUCUCUUCCAUGCAAGCUACUGGGAGUCCACAGAUGUCGUCUCCUUCCUGCUGAGACAGGUGAUGAGGCACGAGAACUCGAGCGUUUUGGAGCUGGAUGGGAAGGAGGUGUCUGUCUUCACCCCCUCCAAGCCCCGCGAGAAGUGGCUCCGCAAGAGGACGCACGUGAAGCUCCGGAACGUGACAGCCAACCACAGGAUAAACGACACCAUUGCCAAUGAAGAUGGGCCCCAGACCUUAACUGGAAGGUUUAUGUACGGUCCGUUAGAUAUGGUGACACUCACGGGAGAAAAGGUGGACAUUCACAUCAUGACCCAGCCACCGUCAGGAGAGUGGGUUUAUUUUGACACAGAGAUCAGCAACAGCAGUGGCAGGAUUUCUUACGUCAUCCCUGAGAACCGGCGCCUGGGCAUUGGCGUGUACCCCGUGAAGAUGGUGGUCAGGGGCGACCACACGUACGCAGACAGCUACAUCACGGUCCUGCCGAAGGGGACAGAGUUUGUGGUGUUCAGCAUCGAUGGCUCCUUUGCAGCCAGCGUAUCCAUCAUGGGCAGCGACCCCAAAGUCCGCGCCGGAGCAGUCGAUGUUGUAAGGCACUGGCAAGACCUUGGCUACCUCAUUAUCUAUGUCACGGGCCGCCCCGACAUGCAGAAGCAGAGGGUGGUAGCGUGGUUAGCACAGCACAACUUCCCCCAUGGGAUCGUCUCCUUCUGUGAUGGGCUUGUUCACGACCCGCUGCGGCACAAGGCCAACUUCCUGAAAUCCCUCAUCACGGACCUCCACAUGAGGAUCCACGCGGCAUAUGGAUCUACUAAGGACAUUUCUGUGUACAGCUCCAUCAGCCUCCCGCCCACGCACAUCUACAUCGUUGGCCGACCCACCAAGAAGCUGCAGAGCCAGUGUCAGUUCAUCACGGAGGGGUACGCAGCCCACCUGGCCCAGCUGGAGUACAACCACCGCUCGCGCCCCGCCAAGAACACCACGCGCAUGGCGCUGCGGAAAGGCAGCUUCGGGCUGCCCAGCCAGACCGAGUUCCUGCGCAAGAGGAAUCACCUGCUGCGGACCAUCUCCUCCCAGCCUUCGGCCACCGGCAGCAGCGCUGGCCACCGUCCCGAGCGCACCCAAAGCCAGUCCGAUAGUGACAAGGAGAGGGACAGGGAACGCAGCCAAAGAAGCAUGAGCAUCGCCACAGGGUGCUGGGGCCGGAGCGCAGCAUCCCGGCUGGAAUCUGGCCUCUUGGGGCAGAAGUAGCCCGGCCAGAGCCAGUGACUGUCGGCUGCAGCCACGGGAGGAGAAAACAAAAGGAAAGAGGGAUGAGGCCAGCAUUACGGGCUGGAAGGGUAAAUAUGGUGCUACUCUAAUAACAUCACGGUAUUCUGGGAAGAGACAGGAUGUUUCCCACGCAGAACGUGCAGGCCUUGCAGCGGGAGCGUCAGGUUUGUGCAGCAUGAGCCCAAGAACAGCUGGAAGUUGCGGGGGGGAAGUCUCCAGGUCAAGAUGGCGCUCUCUCCUGCCUCCUUCUCUUAUCCAGGUUUAGUGACUGUAAAUACGUGCCUCCUCGCCUUGUUAGCCAUCGCUCCGAUACGCGUGACCGAGUGCUGUCCUCAGAGCUGCAGGAACGGGGGAUGAGGCCGGGGGAACUUGUUCGUGGUUGUCCCAGGAGUCAGACUGAGGUGCUGUGCCGGUGCCGCACGGGGUGGGGUUGGGGUUCGAGACGCUUGUUGUUUCCCUGGCACGGACAGCCCCAAGCGAGGGAUUUAUCGUGGGCUGUGCCAGGCAGGGCAACCGAGAGCUUUACCUGUACAAAGAGCUUCAAGUUCAGCCACUUUCUCAAGGAGUACGUGCAGUGGCAAAAUGUAAAGGCGUAUCGAUGCUGUUGGUAGAGGCAGAACGUCAGCAGAUUCACUCCCAAGAAAGUGGGGUCGUUAUUGUUAUUGCUGUUAUUUUUUAAAGAGACCUUUUAGAAGCCGAUGGCAUUCAAUGCGUUGACCUGUUAGAAGAGGAAUACAAGCUAUUUUGUUUGAGCUGUUACAAACCUCAGACACUUAAUUUGCUGUUAAAGUCUCCAAAUAUUCUCGCUAUAUAUUAUUUCCAAAAGUAACCACCGUAUAUUUGGAAGCAGCUGAAGGCACUCAGCAGCUAGAUUGCAUUGCAGUUUUUCUCAUCCAAAUGCAGGGUCUGACUCUCUCAACACCCACCUCUGAGACGUUUUCUUCUUCCCAGGUUCUCUCCAAGUUCAGUAGCAGCUUUCAUGGGAACUAGACUCGCUUCUUUUACCUGUAGUUACUGAACUGUAAAACCUCAUUGUUUUUUGCACUGAUGAUUUUUAGAAUGGAAACCUGUUACCAUCUCAUGUAGCUACACCUAACUCUUUGUAGUGCAUGACAAUGAAAUAUUGCUAAGCCAGGGUGUGUGUGUAUAUAUAUACAUAUAUGCAUAUACAUAUGCACACACACGUAUAUAUAUGUAUAUAUUUUAAAAAAAAAAAAAAAAAUCUGUGCAGAAGUUUUUCCAGCAGUAAGGAGACUGUAAGGAAGUGUCAUUGCCAACAAUGUCAGGCAAGCUUAAGAAAAGGCCAUAUCUUAAUUUUCCUGGUGUGUUUCUCAGUGGAUGUGCCUGAGCUGGUGGUUUGUGCUGCUGGAGCGAGCCGGGGGCUGGGUGCGUGGCAGAGGGGAGCUGCCGGCGCACAGGGCGAAGCGCUCGCUGCUGGCCGGCGUCCCUGGUGACACCGAGACGCGUGCGACGCGUGGUACAGGAGCGGGAGCGCAUCGCUUUGCGGCAGCGGAGGAGAACAGUGCCUAGAGCGAGGGCUUGCCGAAAAGCCCCUUCAUCCUGUCCCUCCCAGGUCAGCCUGGCCUCCUUGCACACACCUCCCGGGGCGGAGGGGCAUCCACCCCGGGGGCUCCGGGGUGCCCAUUUACAGGCUCCAGUUGGCCUCUUCACAUGGAGAUUUUAUAGUCCUACCGAGCUCCCCGACCGUGUGUAACCCUGCUUUCCCCCACCACACUUUCCCGUCUUUCUAUCACUUUCUACUUAUGAGGAUCUUAUUUAUAACAAAGAAUUUUUUAGACUGGCUGCUUCAUUUUAUUAACUGUUUCAAUAUGAAGUGCAGGAUGGCCGCACUGAGACACACAGCACUGUGAACACUGCUCUGCUAAUUGGCUCUGGGCCACGGUAGGCAAAUCUAACUCAUCAGACAUCCAAGGUAGAUCUCAUGUGUUCGUGGCGCUGGAGGGUCGAAGCGGAGGCAGAGGAGGGACAGUGCUGAGCUGCCGAUGGCGUCCGAGCCGGUGGAGCGCUCAAACCCAACUGCCCGCCCGCCGCCCACUGCAUCUCCCACGUCUUGCAGCCUGACUGCAAAAUGUUCAGCCACUUCUCUUUGAUAAUUAUUCAGUUACAGAACGUAUCUGAUGACUUUUGUUACCGAAAACUGACUUCCCUUUCUGCCGACUCAGCUCAGCUCUCUCUGAAUGUACAUCUAGAGCUUACUGAGUUUAAAAACAAUGUGAAUUGUCCCAGCUUUUUUGCUAGUCGAAUGUUCUAUCAAACAGAUGCCAUCUGAGUAGGAAGCCAAGCCACAAUCCAUCCUGUGAAGUCACCAAACCACAUCAUAAAAUAAUUUCUGCAAAUUUGGAUAUGGCCUUUGCAAAAUUCAACUUUCCUCCAAGUCCACAACCAAGGCAUGAUCUGUACAUUUUCCAAUGCUGACAAGAUGUUCACAUUUUCUUAUGUGUAGAUAGUGUAAAACAGAGGCGAAUGUAAAUGUUCAACAUAAAAAGUGGAUAUAUAAAAUUGAAAGUUAUUUAUUUAUGUAGAGGGGAAAAAAAAAUGUCUGGAGGGACUGGAACCUUCAGGGUUUAUUAAUAUUUAAAAAUGUAGCUUUUUGUUUCAGGCAUUAUGUACAAAGCAAUUAUUUUAUGGACCAAGUUUAAUGUAACUGUCAAUGAAUGCAGAAGUGCAAUAUUAUACUCACCUCUCCAUCACUUCAUGUUUUAAACAGCUACUAACCCGUUAGACUGACAAUCAUAGCACCUCCGUCCUCAUCCUUUGUUGAGCUUCUUGAAACUUGCCCGGGUCCUUUCCCCGGCCCCCCCAUCUGUUGCCACUGUACGGAUCCAACGCGGAGAAGCAAUUGUAGAGCAGGACCUUUAUUGCUGCAAUAAUACCAGAUGAGGUGGGUGUAGUUACCAGGAAAUAUGCCAAUAAGUUUUUUUCUCCACCGAUUCAGUCCAUCGUAGUCUACAUCAAUCUAUCCUCAGCCGCCCCCAUCUGGCACUCAUCUGUCUGAAGCAAAGAUCAACAUGCUACUCACUCAAAGAACAAUAGCAAUAGUUUAACUCUGUGUUUAUAACCUGUUUGUUCCGAGCUGUUUUGGAGAGCAAUGCAUGUGACCCGAUGCCUUUCCACGCGUAUGGAAGAGGAUCCGUUUGGAUGCAGUGAGGGAAAGAUGAACGUAUAUUCCAUCCUUACUAAAGGGGCACUGUCAGGUUACAGACCUAAUUUAUCUUUGUUACAAAUAACUUGUUUGCUUCGAAAAUGAAAGAAUAGGAAGUCUCUUGUACUCCUCCCAAUCACCAUUGUCUGGGCAGCCAUCGGUGCGACCGGCGACAGUCGCGCUGCUUCUGCUGCAGCCCACGUCCUGUUCUCGCACACUACCACAAUGCAGCCCGCGCUGCACAGGCUGCCUCAGUCUCUUUUUUUUUUCUUUUCUUUUUUUUAAUUGUUUCCAUGGGAAUCACACUCUGCUGUGGAGCUUAGAUUUUUUUAUAAAAAAGCGGCUUUUUGUAUUACUGUACUAUUGGGCCCAACUUUCUACCUGACGCUGUCCCUUUAAAAUCUUUUAAAAAUAAAAAGAGGAGCCCAUGCAUUCCCUCCGAGUUGUUUUCCUGGGUUUGCUCGAUCACUCAGUCAGAUGAGGCAAAAUUCUAAUACCAAAAACGUUUACAGUGUCUGAUACGCGAGCCGAGAGCAGUAACUAGCCAAAGGGUUACUAACAAACUCCCGCUCCGCCCAGCAGCCGCUGUGCUUGCUGUAGCAGCCCCUUCUUCAGGUAUCGCCACCGUUUGCUGCAUUUCCUAUUAGUUCUAGAAGCCUUACGGUCCCCUCCCUGUCCUCAGCACCCUCUGCCUGUUGAUACCCUCGACUGUCAAUUUUAUAUUCCAACGAUGUUAGUUAUAUUUUAUUUAUAAAAAAUUGCUUUGGGGGUAACAGACAUGUGUGUGGGGGGAACCACCGGAGGGCAUGCCCGAGGGCGCCGGGAGCCGCGCUGGGUACGCCCCUGUGUGUACAGUACCGUGCCGAUGACUCGCUUGUGUGUGACAAACCUUCUGUACAACUUCCUUCUCCUCCUUGCUGUUAGUGCAUCGUUCCAAUGCCUGGGUGUGCUUUGUGUACAGUAUCAUUGUGAGUUACACAGAUUAAAGAA